AUGUCUUUAGAAAAGGCUGCGCCAACCGACAGCGACACCGGGGAGGGUGUGUUCCAAACACACGACGAAUCACAGCUGUCUCAUAGUCCUGACAACAAGUCUGAUAACAAGGUUCAGCUGCAAGCCGACGGACCGCCCGAUGGCGGCACCGGCGCCUGGCUCGCUGUUCUUGGCGCCUGGUGCUGCUCCUUCAACAGCUUCGGCUGGAUGAACAGCGUGGGCGUCUUUCAAAGCUAUUACGAAUUUGGCCCUCUCAGGGACUACGACAGCAGCACCAUUUCGUGGAUCCCGUCGCUCGAGAUCUUCUUCCUCUUUUUCCUAGGGCCUGCCGUCGGCUUCUUGUUUGACAAGUAUGGCCCGACGCCGCUCAUUAUCGCCGGCACCUUCUUGCAUGUUUUUGGACUCAUGAUGGCAUCCCUGGCAACCGAGUACUACCAGUUCCUCUUGGCCCAGGGCGUCUGCAGUGCCAUUGGUCUUAGCUUCUUGUACUCGCCCGCGAUUGCGACUAUCGCGACCUGGUUUCAAAAAAAAAGAGGCCUUGCGAUGGGUGUCAUGGUGACCGGCUCGUCUCUCGGCGGCGUCAUCUUCCCCGUCAUGCUCAAUCGCCUGAUCCAGAAUCCGAGCAUCGGGUAUCCCUGGGCCAUGCGGAUCGCCGCCUUUCUCAUCUUGGGCUUGCAAAUCGUCGCAGUAUUCACCCUCCGGCCGAGAACAGCGCCAGUGCCCAAGAAGACGCCGGCCGCAACCCUGGCCGCCCCCUUCAAGGAGUUUCCUUUCGUCAUCAUGUUGCUGGGCAUGUUCAUCCUGAUGUACGGCAUCUUCAUUCCGGUCAACUACUUGGCCCUGCAGGCUUUGGAGCAGGCUCAUGUGUCCGAAUCCAUGUCGCUCUACCUGGUGGCCAUUUUCAAUGGUGCGAGUCUUUUCGGCCGUCUGGGCUCUGGAUACUGGUCUGACAUCGCCGGCCGAUGGAACGUGUUCGUCAUCGCUGGUGCCACGUCGGGCAUCGUCGAGCUGGCCCUCUGGAUCCCAGCCACAUACGAGUCCGCCGUCAUCGGCUUCGCCGUCGCGUUCGGCUUCCUCUCGGGCGCCUUCGUCAGCCUUCUCGCGGCCCUGCCGGCGACCGUGUCCCCUCUGCCCCAGAUCGGCUACCGGAUCGGCGUCGUCAUGCUCGUCCUCUCGGUUCCCGCCCUUACCAUGGCGCCCAUCGGCGGGCGCAUCUUGCAGAGCGCGAGUUCGGUUGACGAUGGCUGGCUGCACGUCAAGAUCUUUGGAGGUGUCAUGUCCCUCGCCGGGUCGGCCGUUGUCUUCUACGCCAGGACUCUCUACUCCAAGAAUGUCCGAUCAUGGCUUGCCGUGUUUGGCGCAUCCCUUUCGCUUUUCUGUACCGUCGGUUUCUUCAACGCCUUUGGCGUCUUCCAAGAGUAUUACCAGGAAGAGUUCAAAAAGUCCGAAUCCGAUAUCGCAUGGGUCGGCUCUGUGUCUCUCUUCAUCCUCUUCGUUAGUGCGCCGAUAUCAGGCAUUUUAUGCGACAAAUUGGGUCCCACGGCUUACUUGGACCAGAUUCCAUUGUGCAUCGGCAGCGUUGGCCAACUCCUCGCUCUCUUCAUGACCUCCCUGUGUACUCAAUACUACCAGGUAUUCUUGUCCCAAGGGGUACUCCUCGGAAUGAGCUCGUCACUCAUCUUCUGCCCCCCUAUGGCAGUCGUCUCGCGCCGCUUGCCUCACCGCCGCGGUCUGGCUUUGGGAUUGACGAUUGGUGGUUCUUCUAUCGGUGGCAUCAUCUGGCCCAUCAUGCUCGAGCAGCUCUUCAACGUCCGAAAGGUCAGCUUUGGUUGGACAAUGCGCGCCGUCGCAUUCACUAUGAUGCCCCUUCUGGUAAUCGCAUGCCUUACUGUGGUGAAUGCGCGGGCACCCAAGUCUUUGCUGGCCCCUCCAGAAUCAGGGUCCGAUGAUAACGAGAAAGGCACCGGAUCCUUGACAGAGGAAGCUCAGCCCGUCAAGAAACCCGACUUUUCCAUUCUUAAAAACAAGGCCUUCAUGUUCUUAUGCGGCGGGCUUGCACUUGGCUACUUUGGCCUGUUCACACCCUUGUUCUUCGUCCCAGCAUUUGGCAUCUCUCAUGGCCUCUCCUCGUCGACUGCUUUCUACCUCCUUUCUGGACUGAAUGCUGCGUCCUUCUUUGGAAGAGUCGUUCCCGGCUUACUUGCAGAUCGAUACGGACAUUUCAACCUCUGCGCGCUGGCAAUGUUCUCGGCUGGCCUUGUUGGCUUCUGCUGGACCGCAGCUUCCUCCCUGGCUGGCCUGGCAGUUUGGAGUUUGGCGUACGGGUUCUGCUCGGGAGCUGUCAUGAGUUUGCAAGGCGCGUGCGUAGGAAAGAUUGCUCAUCACGCCAAUCAAGGCUUGGCCAUCGGUUUCGCGAUGGGGUCCAUUGCAGUGACGUGA